CUGAAGGCAGCAACCCCCAUUCUUCAACUUCCUUCUCUGAUCAGCAAACCAUUUUCACCAUGAAUCACUUCCUUUUCUGCUUCUUCCUCCUUAAUCUUUUCAAUGUAUGCAUGAAUGCUCAACAAAAUUACUCUGGCGACUUGGCUUUGGAUUGCGGCAACAUCGAUGAAUCAGGCGCUCCUUCAGACUUUCUUUACACUUGCAAUGGCCAACGUCGAAAUUGCCUUGCUUUUCUUAUCUACAAGGCUGAACCUCCUUUUAACUCGGUUCCCAGCAUUUCAAAUCUCGCAUCUACGAGCCAGGCAGCAGUUGCUACCAUCAAUAAUGUGACUGAGGAUGCAACGUUCCCAACCGGGAAAGAGGUAAUCAUCCCUGUAAAUUGUUUCUGUUUAGGCCGGUACUAUCAGGCGAACACCACGUUUCACAUCUCGAACGUCUAUGGCAUUUAUUAUACCAUAGCAACCAAGGCAUAUCAGGGAUUAAUCACAUGCAGUUCCCUUAAACGAGCUAAUCCACUGAGUGAAUACGGAUUGGUUCCUGGAACCGAGUUGAAAGUUCCACUUCGAUGUGCUUGUCCGACCCGUGAUCAAACCAAGAGUGGAACCAAGUAUCUAUUAACUUACUCUGUCAACAAGGAAGAUACUGUUCCAGGUAUAAGUGAUAGAUUCAAUGUGAGCCAAAAAAGCAUUAAUGAUGCAAAUGGUUUGGUAGAGAAGCAAACUAUUUUCCCUUCCACAACAAUCCUAAUUCCCUUGCCAACAGCGCCUUCAAGUUCACAAACUAUAAUUCACAAGGACCAACCACUUGAUUCACCUCAACUAUUUGACAAACACCCAAAAAGCCAUAGAUCGAAGCGCAAAUUGUAUGAGGAAGUUGGAAUUGCAGCAGCUUGUUUCGUGCUUGUUCUUAUCAUCAUCCUGUUCUUUACUUUUAUGUUCAAUAAGAGAAAGGAUGGAGUUCUUGAAAGUAGCAAUGAAAGAAACAAUAAUUAUGUAUUACCUGCAGCCAAACUCCGUAUCGAAAUUGCGAGAUUGGACCAAGGUUUAAGAGUGUUUACAUUCAAGGAGAUAAAGAAAGCUACACGAAAUUUCAGUUCCAAGAACAGAAUAAACGGUUCUGUCUAUUCUGGUGGUUUCCGUGGGAAAAUUCUGGCUGUUAAAAGAAUGAGACGAGAUGUAUCCAAGGAGAUACAAUUGUUGAAGAAUAUCAAUCAUUUCAAUCUGAUAAAGCUUCAAGGAGUAAGUGAAAACGAUGGAAUUUUCUAUCUUGUUUUCGAGUAUAUGAAAAAAGGGUCUCUGAGGGAUUGGCUUUGCAAUGAAAGCAGUGGCGAGACUGGAAGCUGGAUAAGGAGGAUUCAGAUUGCUUUGGAUGUUGCUAAUGGGCUUUACUAUCUUCACAGUUUCACCAAACCUGCCUAUGUACAUGGGGACAUCAAGAGUAGUAAUGUUCUGCUAAACAAUAAUCUAAGGGCCAAGAUUGCAAACUUCAGCCUCGCAAGAGCAGCAGUGAAUGAAAAGAGCAGCAUCGGUUAUACAAGUUUGAUUUCAGGGACUAGAGGUUAUAUCGCCCGAGAGUUUAUUGAGACAGGGCAGGUCACUUCCAAGAUUGAUGUCUUUGCUUUCGGAGUUGUGCUAUUAGAACUGAUCACUGGAAAAUAUGCGAUCGUUACACAAGAUAGAAGAGAAGUACUGCUAUCAGAAACCGUUGUUUCCAUCAUGGAAAAAGACGGUGCUGAAGCUGAGCUCGAUUCCUUCAUCGAUCCUAGGCUAAAAUGCGACAACUGGACAGAGUUUGCACUGCAGAUGGCUCAAUUAAGUGUAGCCUGCUUGACAGAAGAACCCAGAAAGAGACCAAGCAUGGAGGAAGUAGUGUCAGUUUUGUCCAAAAUUCAAACAAACAAAUACUAAAUAGGCGCAUUGUCAGAUUACAUGAAAGAAUUUUCUUAAUAAAUGGAAUCUUU